AUGGCUCCCGCUCCUACAGACGAAGAGGCUCGCAAAGCCCUUGAAACUAUUCUUUCGACUGCUUCAACACUCCUCGAGCAACUCCAAUCUAUCCUUACGUCCAUCCAACGCAGUCCCACGACUCCCUCCGCUGUCUCCUCCGAAACAAAAGACAUCGACGCCCUAGCCCUCGCCCGCGACUGCUCCUCCCUGAUUCGCGCCCACGGCACCAAAAUCUCCCUCCUCGUAAUCAACGAGCCCUUCACCCCCAGCGCCAUAACCACCGUUGUCCGCGAACUCGUCAAAGGUCCAAUCCCCGGUUUGGCUACCGCCGCACAAGCCUGCGAAACAACCCUCUACACCUCCGUUGUGCGAAAGGAACUUGCGUAUAGAGUAGGCAAGGUCCUCGCCGAGUUGAACAACUUGCUCAAUCGUGUUCCGAAAGAUGGGAAAGUUUUGUCGGGCGUGGGGAGGGAUAGUGGAAGUGGAAGUCUGGCGUUGACGGGUAUGCUUUGGUCUGCGUGCGAUGAAGUCGUUGCGCUUGCGAAUAUGGGUGUUGGUGGUUUCUUUGUUAAGAAAGCGGAGGAGUGGAGGGAUACGCUUAAGGAUGUUAUGGAGGAGUUGAAGGAGUGGGGUGAAGAGGAAGAUGACGAGGAAGAUGAUGUGGAUGAUUUGGCGGACAAGAUGAACGAUGCGUCACUGUCAAACCAGGAAAUGCUCGACGAGAUGAUGAAUUCCUCCUCAGCGAUCCCAAAGUCCGACCCCGAUAAAAUCCGCCCUCGUCUCGACUCCACACUCAAGCGUCUACGCAUGGUCGUUCUGUUAUACCAAGCUCUUUCCAAGCGUCGCUUCAAGAAACUUCCCAAGGAUACUACCAAGGGCGAUAUGCCGGCCAAGUUGGAUAGCACCGCAAACGUGUUGAGCGCUUUGCCGGAUAAGUUUGGAGAUUUGGCGGAGGCGUUUUAUGAGUUGGAUGCGGAGGAGAUUGAUUCGCUUAUGGAGGAGUGUUUUGAGAGUGCUGUUGGGGUUAGUGAGGUUCUUAAGAUGGGGUGGGAGGGGGAGAGUGAUGAGUUCAGUGAGUGGAUGGAGAAGUUUAAAGUUGAAGUCAAGAAGGUAUGA